GCCGCCGAGUCCCUUGAUGAACACCAAGGGACCUCUUUAUGUGGGGGGACCGAAGGAAUCUGAAAUGCUAUCGUAGAGGUUCUUUUUACUUACAUGUAAAUAAGCACCAGGUCUCCCAGAUGGUAUAGAAUGUACUACAGGAAGUACACACCCAACUCAUCACAUGUCUGACGCCUCCAACAGUCAACAGUCCAUCCACUUCCUACACCCCACGUUCAAAUCCACAGAACCUUCAACAUGUCGUCUACGACCCAAACCAGAUUCCUCAUUAUCUCAGACACUCACGACCGCACUUUUACGCCUGAAAGGAUGCCACUCAUACCAUUCGACGUCCUAAUCCACUGCGGCGACCUCCUCAAAAAAUGGACGAAUACCGCCAAACCCUCGCCAUGCUCAAAACCUUCAAAGCACCACUCACACUCGUCAUUGCAGGAAACCACGACUUCUCCCUCGACCACACAGCGUUCAAGGCCAAAAUCGAAGAAGCCAACCGCAUAAACGGCUUCCCGAUCGAGGCAGAUCUAGUUGAGCGGGAAUUCGGCGGGUACGGACUGGCCAGGAAACUCUUCGCCGACGCCAAGAAAGACGGCAUCAUUCUCCUGGAUGAGGGUACGCAUGACUUCGCUCUAGCGAACGGUGGCAAGCUCAGGGUCUACUCUAGCCCGUACACGCCAUCGUCAUCGUCAUCAGAAGGCUGGGGUUUCCCAUACAAUGAAAGCGAGGGACACAAAUUCGAAUUUCAGAUGGAUACAGAUAUCGUCAUGACGCAUGGCCCACCUCGUGGGGUAAUGGACAUGUCAGCGGAUAAGAAGCGCAUCGGCUGUCCAGAUCUCUUUGCCGCUGUUAAUGUAACUUGGCGCCCCGAGAUCUCUGACAAACCCUCACAUUUUAGUGAUGUUGAUCAUGAAAAGUCUCAGCUGGUUGGUAAUCUCACAAGUCUCGGGGGCACCCGGGAACAGAGACUGGAGCUCUACAAGGAGCACCGAUACUGUAGCGCAGGAUCUCUGCGCAACAACAUGAGCUCAUCAGAGCUCAAGAGCACUAUGUUCGUCAACGCCGCGCUCAAGGAAGGCGGUGAAUUGCAACACUAUCCCUGGAUCAUCGACAUUGAUAUACCGAGAAGCGAAAGCGGCGUAGCACCUAAGACUGAGCGGAAAAGGAGGAGAGAGGAAUCGCCUCAAGAGCUCAAAGAAGCAAGGAAACUCUCGAAUAGAUCGUAG